GAGAUUAUGUUACUGGUGUAUAACCUGUCGUCGUUUAUCCAUAACCGGAUGGUUAAACUACGGGUAAUGAAUGCAGCAAAUGCAUAUCAAACUAAACGUAUUCUUGCAUCGAGACCAAUAGUAUACUCGAUACACGGAUAAACGGAAUAUUACCAUGGCUGGAUUUGGUUCACUGGAUGUCGCAACGAUUCAAAGAAAUGUACUGUCCCUCGCCCAAAGUCUUUCGGAAGAUAAAGACAUAAAAGCCGACAUUGCUUCCCUUACGAAAAGUGUAGAAAGCCGAUUCAAAGACUUUCUGUUUUUGAUGGGAAAGACGUGUAAAGAUGUUGCGAUUCAAGUAGAGCUUUUGAUUCAAAUGUCUUCUACACAAGAUGUUAAUGUCACAAAGAUGGUUGCAUGUGUUCAUAGUAUCAAAACAGAUAUAGAAGAAAGCCUUAACGACUUCAAGAAAAUUGAAACGAAAACAGUUGAAUUAUUGACGAAAUGUAGACAAAGAUUGCAAGAAAAGGAGUCAAAUAAACAACAAAGUAAGAGAGAAUUGGAAAGGGUGGAAAAACAGCACAAAGAACUAGAAUAUCAGCGUCAGGUGACCGAAAGAGAAAUAUGUGAGCUGGACAAGGCUGCUUAUGAAUUGAACAACAGGGCUGACACACUUGAUCGUGAAAAAAAUCAGAGUGAAUCUAGGGGUUUCGGUGGCUUAUUCCUGGCGGCUUUAGGAGUUGUGGCAGCCCCGUUUACCCUUGGUCUAAGCCUGAGCGUUACGUUAGCAGGAGGUAUUGUGGCAGGUGUCAACUUUAACAAUGCUGCCGAAUGUCGUGGGGCAGCUGAAAGAGCUAGAUACUCUGCAGACCAGAAACGAGACAUGUCUUUCAGAUUUUCGUGUAAUAUGAGGGUGUUAAUUGUUGAAAUUGAAGGGCACAACCGAACCAUUCAAGACCUUACUCGGCAAAUAGCGAUCCUGCAAACAGACGAGGGAGUACUACAAAAACUUAUCGCCGUCACAUCAAAAUUUACUGACGUUUUGAAUAAGAUCGACAUCAAAAUUACAUCGAUUAUAUCAAACGUGUUUGAGGCGGGAUUACAUUCAAAUACGUUUACGCUUGAACAAAUCGCCACGGCUGGCACACAUAAUCACGACACGCAAAAUAACGAGAAAUUUAAGAAAUUAUUGGUCGAAUGGAAAACUUUGCAAGAAAGUUCUAAAUAGGCACACGGACGAGCUCUUUGGCAAAAAUCAGUGAUACAAUCAGUGAGUCCGAGACGUCGUUAUGGUUAUAACUAUCUUGGAAAUGUGUGAAAUGCAGACGUUAACAGAUUUGUCGUUUCCAGCAGAACUUUAACCUAUUGAGUUUAUAUUUCAUGAUAAUGAAAUAAUAAAACAUAAAUAGCGUUA